GUAAUCACAAACCUGAUGUUUACCGCACCGAUCGUCGACCACUAAUGAAACCGACAAUCGGCUACUGUUUAGUCAAACUUCACGACAAUCCCGAACUAAUUGAUGGCUGCGCUCUACUACUUAACAAACAAUGGCAGCGGAGUUUGACAUCUCGUUUGCAUUCAUUGAACAAAUCGUGCGAUGAUUUUCCACUUUCGUUGGUUUUAAUCAACAAUAAUAAAACCGAUUAUCAAAUCUUAGGACACAUUCGCGUCAAACGAGAACCACUGGUCAACAAUCGACACACGGUUUUCAUUGAGUCGCUAAUUGUUGACGAAUGUGUUAGAGGACAGGGAUUUGGCAAAUAUAUAAUGUUGGAAACGGAACGGUUGGUCAAACAGAUGGGAUUCUUGACAAUCACGUUAACCACAACUGAUAAACAAGAAUUUUACAGACAUCUCGGCUAUCGUGAAGUAAACUUAUCGGUUGAUUGCAACCAAAUGAGUUGUCGCCCAAUGUCUUCCAUAUUAUCAGCAGAGUCACCACAAAUGCCAACUCCACCCCCACCUCCAGUGCCACCACCGAUGCCAUCGAUAAAUAAAUCAAAUAAUUUAGUCAAAGUCUUAAUGUUAAAGAAUAUUUAAUUGAAAAUCUA